AUGACCACCAUCACCACGGCCGAGUCGCAGACUCGUCGCCGCGAGAAAUACCACGAGGCCGAUGUCGUCGUCGUCGGCGCCGGCGUCUUCGGCUGCGCCGUCGCAUAUGCCCUCGCCAACCAGGGCCGCUCCGUCCUGCUCCUGGAGCGCUGGCUCAAGGAGCCCGAUCGCAUUGUCGGCGAGCUGCUCCAGCCCGGCGGCAUCGCAGCCCUCGAGAAGCUGGGCCUCGGCCACACCCUCGACGACAUUGACGCCGUCCCCUGCUACGGCUACACCGUCAUCUACCACGGCCAACCAGUCAUGAUCCCCUACCCCGGGCUCGACGAGAACGACCAGGUCCCCAACGCCUGGGGAGGCAACAACAAGCCCGGCGAGAAGAAGCAGGUCGGACGCGGGUUCCACCACGGCCGCUUCAUUACCCAGCUGCGCCGCGCGUGCCUGGCCCACGAGAAGAUCACCGUCGUCGAGACUGAGGUGGUCAAGACGCUGCACGGCGAGCACACGGAGCAAAUCCUUGGAGUCGAGAGCCGCACCACCAACAAGGAGACGGGCGUCAAGGAGCCCGACUACUACUUUGGCCAGCUGACCAUCAUCGCCGACGGCUACGACUCAAAGUUCCGCAAGCAGGUCCUCGGAACUCGCCCUGACGUGAAAUCCAAGUUCUACGCACUCGAGCUCAUCGACUGCAAACUCCCGGCCCCCGGCCACGGCCAUGUCAUUAUCGGCAACGCCUUCCCCAUCCUCCUUUACCAGAUCGGCACCCACGAGACCCGCGCCCUCAUCGACGUGCCCCCGAACCUCCCCGAGGCCUCGCCUGCCAACGGCGGUGUCCGUGGCUACAUCGAGAAGCACGUCCUCCCUGCUCUGCCCGAGUCCAUUCGACCGUCCGCCGAGAAGGCCCUCGCCGACGGCAAGAUCCCCCGCAGCAUGCCCAACAGCUGGCUGCCGCCCUCGCGCCAAACCUCCAACGGCAUGAUUCUCCUGGGCGAUGCCAUGAACAUGCGCCACCCCCUCACCGGCGGUGGCAUGACUGUCGCCUUCAACGACGUUGUGCUGCUCGCUGAGCUGCUGCACCCGGACCGCAUCCCCAACCUCGACAACCCCGUCGCCAUCAAUGCCGCCAUGAACGACCUCUACUGGCGUCGCAAGUCCUUCACCGGCAUCAUCAAUGUGCUCGCACAAGCGCUGUACGCUCUCUUCGCUGCCAACGACCGCCAGCUGCGCGCUCUCCAGCUCGGCUGCUUCGAAUACUUCCGCCGCGGCAUCAUCGAUGGCCCUUGCGGUCUCCUCGCUGGCGUCAUCCAUCGGCCCGCCGUCCUUGGCUACCACUUCUUCUCUGUUGCCUUCGUCGCCAUCUGGCUCAACGCCUGUGCCGUCAUGGGCGGUAGCAUCUUCGGCUUCCUCUGGGCACCGCUCGCUCUAAUCGACGCCGUACUCAUCCUCUGGAAGGCCUGUAUCGUCUUCGUCCCCAUCAUGUGGCGCGAGGGCUUCAGGUGA